AUGGUGCUGCUGGGCCCGACUGCGAAGUCUAUUAGGGAGAUGUUGGCAGUCUGUGAGGUAUAUGCCGCAUCACACGGACUAAUUUAUAAUGUUAAAAAAAGCGAGUUCAUGGUCUUCAAGGCCGCCGGUAGGUGUCCAGAGUCAUUUCCAGCUAUUUCGCUAAAUGGCAUGAGUGUAAAACAGGUGUCUCAUUUUAAAUAUCUUGGACAUAUACUUGCCGACGACCUUAAAGAUGAUGACGACGUCGAGAGGGAACGCAGGGCUUUGGCGGUCCGCGGAAAUAUGCUGGCCCGCAGCCCGCGCCUGUACUGA